UUCAUGUGAGUGUGAGGAAAGAAGAGGUGUAUGAAUCAGGGAAUAGGACAGUUGCUCGUGUGCGAGGCUCCGCGUGAUAUCGUGGACGUUUGUGCAUCGUGUGUUUCGUGUCUGUCGCCUUUAUUGUCAACCGCUUUCUACCAAAUACACAAAUGCAGUUCGUGAUGAUGGAUUACCGAAACAUGUUUCUAAAUAAAUUCUCGGGGCCGGCAGCUGAGUAACGGUGCUGGAGCUGGCGCGAGGUCCUCACCCGCGUUAGGUGCGUGUGGGCCACCUAUCCGCGUCCAAGCUGUGUUGGGCACUCAAGUCAUGGUAUCGAGGUUCGACACGAACUUCGGUUGCGAGGAUUUUUUCGGGACUUAUCAUUGCACCCAAGACAUGGCUUGCGAUCGUGGUGAUUCGGACUUCGAAUUCAUUAUACCGCCAGAGGCGCCGGUCUUCGAACCUAGUAUCGAAGAGUUUCACGACCCCCUUGGCUACAUCGCGAAAAUACGACCGAUCGCGGAGAAGUCUGGCAUUUGUAAGAUCAAACCGCCGCCUAAUUGGCAGCCACCAUUUGCUGUUGAUGUAGAUAAAUUCAAAUUUGUUCCAAGGAUACAAAGGUUAAAUGAAUUGGAAGCGAAAACUAGAAUAAAACUUAAUUUCUUAGAUCAAAUUGCAAAAUUUUGGGAACUUCAAGGCUCUUCUUUGAAAAUUCCUCUUGUUGAACGUAAAGCUCUUGAUUUGUAUUCUUUACACAAGAUAGUUACGGAUGAAGGUGGGAUUGAAACAGUAACAAGAGAAAGGAGGUGGGCAAAGAUUGCAAAUAAAUUAGGUUACCCAUCUGGUCGCAGUGUAGGAAGUAUAUUAAAGAAUCAUUAUGAAAGAAUUUUAUAUCCAUUUGACGUCUUUAAACAAGGAAAAACUUUAACAGAUAUUAAAAUUGAACCAGACUCCAAUAUAAAUGAAAAGAAAGAUCGUGAUUAUAAACCACAUGGAAUUAUAUCACGACAACAAAUUAAACCUCCAACUGAAAAAUUCUCGCGUCGAUCUAAGAGAUUUGGUGGUCAAGAAGAAAAACCAGAAAUAUGUAUUAAACAAGAAGAUUGCAAGGAGGAAUAUGAUUCAGAUAAUGAUUGUAAAGAUGGGCUCAGAAGUGCAAAUGGCGAUGACAAUAGUAAAGAACUUAAGAAAUUACAGUUUUAUGGACCUGGUCCAAAAAUGGCUGGGUUUAAUACCAAAGAAGGAAAGAAAUCAAAUAAAACUAGGGGAGUUAAACUUGUCUAUGAAUUUGACCCUUUGGCAAAAUACAUUUGUCAUAAUUGUGGAAGGGGUGAUAACGAAGAGAACAUGCUUUUAUGCGAUGGAUGCGAUGACAGUUAUCAUACAUUCUGUCUGAUGCCACCAUUAACAGAAAUACCAAAGGGAGAUUGGCGGUGCCCAAAGUGCGUUGCUGAGGAAGUUUCUAAGCCAAUGGAAGCAUUUGGUUUCGAACAAGCACAGAGAGAGUAUACCCUACAACAAUUUGGAGAGAUGGCUGAUCAGUUUAAGAGUGAUUACUUUAAUAUGCCUGUACAUAUGGUGCCAACAUCUUUAGUGGAAAAAGAAUUUUGGAGAAUAGUUUCUUCAAUUGAUGAAGAUGUAACAGUUGAAUAUGGAGCAGAUUUACACACAAUGGAUCAUGGAUCUGGAUUUCCAACCAAAACAAGCGUUAAUUUAUUUACAUGCGAUCAAGAAUAUGCUGAGUCUCCAUGGAAUUUAAAUAAUUUGCCAGUGUUACGUGGGAGUGUCUUAGGUCAUAUUAAUGCUGACAUCAGUGGUAUGAAAGUACCAUGGAUGUACGUUGCUAUGUGUUUUGCAACAUUUUGUUGGCACAAUGAGGAUCACUGGAGUUAUUCAAUUAAUUAUUUACAUUGGGGAGAACCAAAAACAUGGUAUGGUGUGCCAGGUUCUCAAGCAGAAAGAUUUGAACAAUCAAUGAAAUCUGCUGCACCAGAACUAUUUCACAGUCAGCCAGAUUUGCUCCAUCAAUUGGUUACUAUAAUGAAUCCUAAUAUUUUAACUAAUGAAGGUGUUCCAGUGUUUAGAACUGAUCAACAUGCGGGUGAAUUUGUUGUAACAUUUCCUAGAGCGUAUCAUGCUGGUUUUAAUCAAGGGUAUAAUUUCGCUGAAGCUGUAAAUUUCGCGCCUGCCGAUUGGCUUAAGAUUGGAAGAGAAUGUAUAACGCAUUACUCAAAUUUAAGACGAUUUUGCGUAUUUUCUCAUGAUGAGCUGGUAUGCAAAAUGUCAUUAGAUCCAGAUUCCUUGGACAUAGGAAUUGCAACUGCAACUUACCAUGAUAUGCUUCAAAUGGUGGAUGAUGAGAAGAAACUUAGAAAGAACUUAUUGGAGUGGGGUGUAACUGAAGCAGAGCGUGAAGCAUUUGAACUUUUACCAGAUGAUGAGAGACAGUGUGAAACGUGCAAGACAACUUGUUUCUUGAGCGCGGUUACAUGUUCUUGCCAGAGUUCACAGUUAGUUUGUCUAAGACAUUUCAAGGAUCUUUGUGAUUGUCCCCCAGAAAAGCAUACAUUACGUUACCGUUAUACUUUAGACGAACUACCAAUUAUGUUACAAAAGCUAAAAUUGAAAGCCGAGUCAUUUGACUCAUGGGUAACAAAAGUGAAGGAAGCAAUGGAUCCCGAUAAGAAGAGUGAUAAAAUUGAACUGAGUGAAUUAAAGGAGCUCUUAAAUGAAGCAGAAAACAAAAAAUUCCCAGAAAGUGAAUUACUAACAGCUUUAACAACUGCUGUACAGGAUGCUGAAAAGUGUGCGAGUGUUGCACAACAACUUCUGAAUAAUAAACAACGUACCAGAACAAGACAAUCUGUUGAAACUAAAUAUAAGCUCACGGUAGAGGAAUUAACACUUUUUUACAAAGAAAUAACAAAUCUAUGCUGUGAACUUAAGGAAUCUGAUGGUGUAAAAUUUAUACUUGAUCAAGUAUUACAAUUUCAAAAGGAGGCAGAAGAAUUGGAAACUAAGGACGAUGAUUGUGAUAUAGAGCAGUUAGAGAAAUGUAUUGAUUUUGGGGAUUCUAUUUGUAUUGAGUUACCUCAACUUAUUCGAUUGAAACAAAAAUUAGCGCAAGUACAAUGGCUAGAAGAAGUGAAGUCUGUACAAGAAGAUCCAAAGUCUAUACAUCGUGACGAUUUAGCAAAAUUAAUUGAAAAAGGUAUGACAAUACCACCACACUUAAGUAUAGAAACGACGCUUUCUGAGUUACAAACAUUGAUGAAUGCAAUUGAUAAGUGGGAGGAGAAAGCAAAGUUAUACCUUCAUACGAAAAGUAGACAAACUAUACCGUCUCUGGAGGAAUUCAUUCGUGAGGCUGAUGAAGUAGAAGCUUACUUACCAAGCCUAGAUGUUCUUCAAGAUACACUUAAUAAAGCAAAGACUUGGACAAAAAUUGUGGAAGAAGUACAAGCGAGAGAGAACUUUCCUUAUUAUGAUACACUGGAUGAGUUAAUUAAAAAGGGUAGAAGCGUUCCAUUACACCUGAAUGCUCUACCAAUUUUAGAGUCUACUCUUUCACAAGCGAAAACUUGGAAAGAAAGGACAGCAAGAACAUUCCUAAGGAAAAACUCGCAUUGCACUUUAAUGGAAGCUUUGUCACCACGUAUCGGUGUUGGUACACAAGCGUUGAAAACUAAGAAGAGUAAAAGUGAAGAGAGUAUUGGACCUGUCUUCGUCUGUGAUACGAAACUGGAUGAUUCCAAUGAUUCGGCCACUGUAGUGGCUGCGUUUAAGUUAGCCGAACAACGAGAGAUGGAAGCAAUGAGAAAUUUAAGAGAAAGAAAUUUAAUGAAAACCGAAAUGGACGACUCUAGGUAUUGUGUUUGUUGGCGACGGAGAUAUGGUCUUAUGCUUCAAUGUGAGCUUUGUAAAGAUUGGUUCCACUCGAAUUGCGUGCCCUUACCGAAAACAUCGUAUAAAGGUAAAUUACCCAUGUCGAAGGAACUUAAAUUUUUGUGUCCUUGUUGUUUACGAUCACGGCGGCCGCGAUUAGAAACAAUUUUGGCACUGUUGGUUAGUCUUCAGAAAAUUCCAAUUCGUUUACCGGAAGGUGAAGCCUUACAGUGUCUUACUGAGCGUGCAAUGAAUUGGCAGGAUCGAGCUCGUCAAGCAUUAGCCAUAGAUGAAAUUUCAUCGGCGCUAGCAAAAUUGUCUGUGCUAUCGCAAAAGCUGGUAGAAGCAGCCGCAAGAGAAAAAACAGAAAAAAUUAUUAGUAGUGAGUUAAAGAAGGCUGCAAAUAAUCCUGAACUGCAUCAAAGAGUACAAGCUAUUGCUCCACUUAGUGGUGUGCACUCGGAUGACAGUACGCUUAGUACAGCGGAUGACGACGACGAUGUGGUUACCAUUGAUGACGACGAACCAAGUUGUAGUACGUUUAAUAGUAAUGAGCAUACAUAUUCAUAUAUAUCUAAAGUUCAGCGGAAAUCACAAUCAAACGAUACAACCGAAACCUCAGUCAUGCUCUCACAAUCUGCGAGGUUACGUUUAGAGGAAUUAAUGAUGGAAGGUGAUUUGCUAGAGGUUGCACUUGACGAGACGCAACAUAUUUGGCGCAUAUUAAGUCAUACGAACAGUCCAAGCACUGUCCGUAAGUAUGCCUCGUACGAAGAGGUGCAGUCGCACUUAAAUCAAGACUCUAAAGACAUAAGAAAACGUGGAAGAAAGAGGAAGUCUGAGGAGUUCGAGCUGUUAAAAAAACUUGGACGGCAAAAGAUGGAAGAAAAAAAUUUAGCGAAACGAAAGGGGCUGCAGAAAGAGAAGAAAUCUGCUAGCUCACCGGUGCCAAUGAAGCGUGGACCUCGAAAGAUGAAACGUAAAGAAGGUGAUGACGGCCCAAAGAAAAGGGGUGGUAAUCGGAAGAAGACUAAGCAAGAUACUUCAGAUGAAGAGGAUGACUGUGCCGCGGUCAAUUGCUUACGACCCAGUGGAAGGGAAGUUGAUUGGGUUCAGUGCGAUGGAGGUUGCGAAGGUUGGUUCCACAUGCACUGUGUCGGAUUGGAUCGUACAGAAAUUGCUGAAGAGGAUGACUACAUAUGCAGUAAUUGCAAAGAAGCAGAACAAAACUCGACGUCGAGAGCGCCAGAUCCGCUAGCUGAAUCAUUAGGACUGGAUGCACUUCUUUCACUUUCUCAAUCCCAGGGAUACCAGGGCACAGACAGCGAAGCGGACAUCCAAGAAACGACAUCCUUCGUCAGGACUUACUAGCCCGUUGAAUCCCGUUAGCUUCGUAUAAAGGCUAGUAUGCUCAUCGAUUACGAACAAUUUCGACUGUGAACCAGUAGUCGAAACAUUCAAUGUUACCUAUCACUUUUACCCCAGUCGAUUGGCUACCGCAGGUCAUCGCGUACGCCAUGUGGUUAUUGUCGCGAGCGAAUGUUGGAGAUGAAAAGAAAAGUAUUACACUGUGUCACAAUAUCAAAUUAUAAUCUUCUCAUGAGCAGGAAUACAAUAUUUUUAUACUCUUUAUUUGAUGCACUUUUUCGAACAGCGACGAUUGUUUUCUCUCGUACAUACACAAGUAUAGUCAUUGUAUUUUAUUAUUUCUGAAGUAAGAUGUGUUUCGUCCUUUUGCUGAAAAUAGGCAAAGGAUAUAAUGUCCAAGUACUAAUACAUUCGUGUGUUUUCGUGAUUAAAUUAUUGUCAUAUAUUACAUUUUUAUAUACCUAAAGUUCACUCACACAUUUUUUUCUUCUUUCUUUUAUAUACUUCGGAGUCAAAAUUAAGUGUAGCACAGAGAUAACGUGUUGGCUCGGCAAAGGAAUGCAGGUCUGAUUGACGCCUUCUAGCCCCGACACUAAUUAAAGUUUAAUAGACCUACUUUCUGUCAAACGUAUGUUCGGUAUUAGCUGAAACAGUUACAUCUAUAAUUGUGGGAUUGCGAGGCAAAGGGCUACAAAGUGUCAAAGGUAAAACGAAUGGAGUUGUUACCCUCUUUGCACCUGUGCCGUUCCAUUAGCCAAUUUGUCGUCUCUGCGCCGUAGUUUGUUUCACGUAGGAGAAUCAGGAUGUACGAAUAUCGCGGAUGAACCGCGAUACUCUGCACGAUUUCCACAGCAAAUCUCGACAAAAUUCGAUGUACGUGUUUUUCACGACCGAUUAUAAAAUGAUUUUUGUCUCUCGUCUCUCGCUGUCAAUGUCGGUGGUAAUGAAAAUACAGAUUAUACAACCGUUUACUAAGCUAACGGUACGCGUUUACGUUGUGUGUAAAAUACAAUCUGCGGCGUGGUAGCGAUGAUUUUUUCAUGGGAACGAUGAAUGGAAAAAUAUGAAAAAAUUCCGAGGCAUAGUUCGAUCGAAUGAUUGUUUGCGGGUGAUUGGUGAUAAAUGGGGGAAAAUGAAACUUCGCGACGAUAGUAGAAGUAAGGAACGAAGAGACGUGUCUUCACAAGGAUACUUCUAUGUCGAUGAAGAUAUUCCGUCGGUUUUUGUAUCAGCUUUUAAUUGUAACGACGUUGAACGGAAUAAACGAUUAUCCGUUCACGCGGCGUGGUAGAGUGUACAGAUAGACUGAGAAAUGUGUGUAUUAAGAUUAUAGAUAUUAUAAAUAUAUAUAAGAUGAAUUAGAUUGAAACAUAGGUAGAUGUAAGUUACAGUUUGUAUAAAGGAAAAGAAUUGACACGCAGAUUCUAUGGCAUAUCUAAAGUCUGCCUUCUUGGAGAAAACGAUUCAUUGAAUAUUCAUUCGGAUUUUGGACCAGAGUAUGCAACUUACGCUUCGCACGAGUCGCGGGUCAUUUUUCUUCUCAUUCAUGUUUUUUCUUCUUUUUUUCCUUUUAUCUCUUGCCGCGGGAACCUUUAAUUGUAUCGACGAUUGAUUUGAGUUCAGACGUUGCUUUAAUGGCCUAAGUGAAUUGUACUUGGAGUAAUUUAUCGACGGCGAUUUUACGAUUUCAACGGUUACGUUUUAGAAUUGUGUAUCCGACCGAUUUCUUCGUCAGAAAUUCCCGUUCGAUCGGUCCUUUUUACACGCUGAACUUUUACCUAACAUUUUUUAACGUCCACACGAUGUAAUUGUACCGGCGUAGUGUAAUUGAAGGCUUACUUUAUUACUUUGUACGUUGAAGUAUUACGAGAUCGUUGUAACUAUAACAAACUGUGAGGGAGAGAGAGAGAGAGAGAGAGAGAGAGAGAGAGAGAGAGAGAGAGAGAGAGAGAGA